AUGUCCACCGCCGUAUCUCACCAACUACCAGAGCAGGACAAGGAGGUGGAGGAGGAGGAAGAGGAUGAGGAGCAAGGCGAGGAGUUUGUUUUUGACGACAGCGAGGACGAAGAGAAGCCUCCGGGGGAUGACCGAGACUUGCUUCAAUUGUCAAAGCCGGAAGUCCCAAAGAUGUGCGAGGACUCUUCGCGGGCUGUCAAAGACGUCACGCCGCAGGAAGGAAGCGCCAACAAGGAUGAUGUUCCAGUUGCUGAUUCAGCCACUGGGGUCCCCGCAGCAGCCCAGCUAAUAACAGCGGACGCUGAUCCAGGAGCCAGCGAGGCGGAAACAGCCAAGGAAAGCUCCGGGGACGUUCCGGAAGCAUCUCUUGAAAUUGAAGCCGACGUCAUCUACGACGACGUCCCGAGUGAGGAGCCCAUCUCACCUGAUGAAGACACGCUCUACGAGGAUGUCCAGCGGGACUCCUGCGGCCCAUCCGUUGCGGGCAACGGGUGGAGCUCCAGCGAAUUUGAGAGCUACGACGAGCAGUCGGAUGGAGAGAGCAAAGUUCCCACUCGCAGCAAGCUGUCCCCUGAAGUGCGACGGCUGAGGGAACGCUGCGCCAGGACCAAGCGUGAGCUGGCUAUGAAGCUGUCUGGCAAGCACAACUAUGACAUCAAGGUGCAGCAGCUCAUGAAGGCAGCUAGAAGCAACACCAAGGAUGGGCUUGAAAAGACCAGAAUGGCCGUCAUGCGCAAAGUCUCCUUCCUUCACCGGAAAGACACUAUUGAGGAGGAGGACGACGCGGGCUACCUGGACGUGGCGAUAUCAGACGUGACGCAUCCGCCGCCGCAAUUGAGCGCCAUGCCGGAGGGCCUGACCAGCCACCAGGUUGUCCGGCGUCACAUCCUCGGAUCCAUCAUUCAGAGCGAGCGUAGCUACCUGGAGUCCUUGCGGAGGAUUCUGCAGGAAUACCACAAACCUCUGCUGGAGGCCGACCCACGCAUUUUGAGUCCGCGCAAGAUCCGGCCCAUCUUUUACCGAGUCCGGGAGAUUACGCAUUGCCAUUCCAUGUUCCAGAUUGCGCUGGCGUCCCGAGUGGCCGAAUGGGACAGCUGCGAGAAAAUCGGAGACUUGUUCGUGGCCUCGUUCUCCAAGUCCAUGGUGCUGGACGUGUACAGCGACUACGUGAACAACUUCACCAAUGCCAUGGCGCUCAUUAAAAAAGCCUGUCUGUCCAAGCCGGCCUUUCUGGAAUUCCUAAAGAAGAAACAGGCUUCCAGCACGGACCGCAUCACUCUCUACGGCCUAAUGGUGAAGCCCGUCCAGCGAUUCCCACAGUUCAUAUUGCUCCUGCAGGACAUGCUUAAGAACACACCUAAAGGCCACGUGGACCGCCUGCCCCUGCAGCUCGCCCUCACCGAACUGGAGACGCUGGCCGAGAAGCUCAACGAGCAGAAGCGAGUCGCCGACCAGAUCGCCGAGACCCAGCAGCUCGCUCGCAGCGUUAGCGAUCGCCUGCUCAGUAAGUGUCACUUUCAGCAACUGAACCUGGAGCAGGGCGCUCUGGUCCAAUGCGAGACGCUCAUCGAGACCGUGUACGGCGAGCGGGGACAAGUCCUCAAGUCCAAAGAGCGCAAGGUCUUCCUCUUCGACGACGUCUUAAUCUGCGCCAACAUAAAUGUCAAGGGCUCUCCAGACAUCAGCAGCUUAGUCCCGGUGGGGCCCAAGUACACCAUGAAGUGGAGCGCCCCCUUGCAGCAGGUGCAGGUUGUGGAAGUGGGUCAGGAGACAUCCCAGAGCAAGGACGCCGUCUUCCCGCAGAAUGCUAGCAAGCGGCAAAACGCCGCCCACACUUCAGGUAAAUCCCUUCUGGGUCCUCCAAGGCUCUACCAAGAACUGCAGGAACUCCAGCAUGACCUCGGUGUGGUGGAGGACGUGACGCUACUGGUGGGCACCCUAGAAGGGACGUACCAGAACCUGAACACCACAGUGGCCCAGGACUGGUGUCUGGCACUGCAGAGGCUCAUUCGUAUCAAAGAGGAGCAGAUCCAGAGCGCCAACAAAUGCCGCUUGCGCCUGCAGGUGCCCGGAAGGCCAGACAAGUCCGGUCGUCCCGUCAGCUUCAUGGUGGUCUUCAACACUCCAAACCCCCUUAGCAAGAUCUCCUGGGUCAACCGGUUGCACUUGGCCAAGAUUGCGCAACGCGAGGAAAACUCCCCCGGCUGGCUGUCCGGCGAGCACGAGGGCAAGCCGACGGCCCCUUUUUGGGGUCCGCUGCUUGUCUGUCACAUGCCCGUUUUUGCGACCAAGUCCCCUGAGAGAAAGCUUGAAGCCGCCAUCCACAAUCCUGUUCACUGUGCGAUGUUAGGCUUCUCGGCAGCCAGCACAUCCUUACCUCAAGGCUUCCUCUGGGUGGCGGCCGGCGCGGAAGAUCAGGGCCAGAUCGAGAUAUUCUCCCUCAACAGACCUGUGCCGAGAGCUGUGAAGAGCCUGCAAGUGGGCUCCGCCGUCCGCUGUCUGGAAUACGUGCCAGAGGUUUCUCCCGCCGAGGAGACGGAGGACGGCGCUCACAAGCUCCAGCCGGGGAACAGCACCGGCGUCUGUGUCGGUUUAGAUGACGGACGAAUUCUGGUGUACGGCAGCGUGGACGCUACGGCUCAGUGCCUCUUGACCCUUAGUAACCCCCAGGGCUGCCCUGUUCUGUGCCUGAAACACUCGCCUUGCUUCCUGUUUGCCGGUUUGCACGACGGUACCUUGAUGGUUUAUGGGAGGAAAAACGGAGAUGAUCCCUGGGACCCGGAUUCUGGCAGAAGCGUGAGCUUGGGUUCAGAUCCGGUACGGACCCUUUUGGUGCUCGACGACUCGGUGUGGGCAAGUUGCGGAAAUUCGGUCACGGUGGUUGACAUCUGCAGCCUCAGCACUCAGAAAGUGGAGGUUCACCCUGACCCGACGGUGAGCGUGGCGCACGUAGCUCACGCCGGCGGCGGGGUGUGGAUGGCGUUCUCGGAGGGUUCAUCCAUUCGUCUCUUUCACACCGAGACGCUGGAACUGCUGCAGGAGAUAAACAUCUCGACGCGCUCUACUCUGCUCAACACCGUUCCAGAAAGCAUGCGAGUUACCAGCCUGCUCAUCUGUCAAGGACUAUUGUGGGUCGGCACCGCCCAAGGCUUCAUUGUCACUCUUCCUGUUCCCAAACUGGAGGGCAUACCAAAAAUAACAGGUAAAGGCAGAGUCUCCCUGAAUGCCCACUGCGGACCGGUGGACUUCCUGACGUCCAUCACCAGCACUUUGUCCCCGAACCUCCUGAAGAGGGACUCGGUAGCUGACGGGCCGGACUCUGCGUGCGGGGGCGAGGAUCCCAGUGACGCGUCCUCCCAGGAAUCCCUGCAGCAGCCGGGUGAGGGCCGCGCGCGGGGCCGCGGUGUCCUGCUAAGGUACAAGCUCCGCUCCACAUCUGGACUGCCCGGGCGCCCGCUGACGGCUGACGAAGCGUCCGACUCGUCGCUGGAGUCCCUAGAGCACAGCGUUGAGGACGGCUCUAUCUACGAGCUCAGCGACGACCCCGAGACGUGGGUGCGGGGGCGCCCCUCAGAGAAGGACGGCAGGGGCAGGGAUGGGGUGGUCUCGGCCGCCGUGGUCUCUGGAGGGCGGGGCUUCCGGAGGCUCCGAGAAGGUGCUCCCGCGGCUGCUCGGACUGGCGGGGAUUCCUUAGAGAACAUUCUUAUGGUUUGGCAAUUGCCUUUGACUGUUUAA